UUUCAAUAUAAUGUAGGUAAAUAAUGCCGGGUUAGCAAUAUUUAAAGAAUUUCAAGAUUUUACUGAAAAAGAUUGGUCAAUUAUAAUUGGCACCAAUCUUGAGGCUUCUUUCCACAUAGCUCAAAUGGCACACCCUUUGCUGAAAGCUUCUGGAAAUGGAAGCCUAGUUUUUAUGUCUUCUGCUUCCAGUCUUAUUGCAACACCUGCUUCUUCUCUCUAUGGAGUCUCCAAAGGGGCAAUAAAUCAAUUAACGAAAAACUUAGCAGCCGAGUGGGCAAAAGAUAACAUCCGUGUUAAUGCUGUGGCACCAUGGAUUGUCAAAAGUCCUCUCACUGAGUUAAUCUCCAAAGAUCCUAUGAUAAAAGAAACAGUUAACGUGCAAAUCAAUAGGACAAUGCUGCGCCGUCUUGGAGAGCUUACUGAAGUUUCUGGACCGGUAGCGUUCUUAUGCUCUCCGGCAGCUACUUAUAUUACCGGCCACAUACUGGCUAUAGACGGUGGAGCUACCGUCAAUGGUUGCCCUUAAUUGCUCAUAUAUACUGGUUUCAAUAAGCAACAUGUGUAUUUUGAAGUUUGUCAUCAUUUUAUUUGAAUUGUAACUUUGAAAUUUGGAGUGCGUAUGUCGAAAUAAAUAUAGGUUCAUAAAUGUUGA